AGCCACGUGCAUAGAGAACGCGUCGAGAGGUUCGCAUGGAGCGGUAGGUGGUGCAGGUGAUGUGGCCGGAUAUAUUGAUGGACCACAGGCAUCGCAAAACAAAUCCCAACCCCCUCAUCACCAAGAGAAGUUGUGGGACGCCAUUGUGUCAUAGCUUUCUGCGGCCCGCAAACUUCGAGGUGGACCCUCUCUCUCCCUCUCUCUCGCACGCCCUCUCCAGCAGUCGACUGCUUGCAGCAUAUUAGUUUCUUUCCGUUGACGCUGUUCGAGAAGUUGUAAACAGUGCUGUUGCAUUUCUCGGUUCCACAGACGCUGGGUGACAUCCUGUAUGCAUGUAUAGUAGUACAGGCUCCCCUCACAGCUGCACCCAAGGCGGCAGCUCACAUUAGUGGCCAUGCCCAAAGGCCCCGCCGUCGUCUUUGUCGCCAGACAUGGCGCUCGCCUCGACGCCGCCGACAAGACAUGGCAUCUUACCUCGCCGACGCCCUACGAUCCUCCUCUUACUUACGGCGGCUGGGCACAAGGGAAAGCGCUCGGCUUGCGGAUAGCGGCCUUACUCAACCAGAGGGAUGACGAGCAGGCAGAAGCGGCAAGAAGUAGUCCCAAUAAUGAUUUGGCGAAUCUCGAGUUUAGCAAGCUGGAUGCCUCCAGAGGUGGAAGCGCUCCAUCAGACGGCCUGCAACGGCCGAAGAAGAAGCGCAAGAUUGUCAUACACUCAAGUCCGUAUCUGAGGUGCGUCCAGACGAGCACGGCAGUUGCAGCGGGCCUAUCUCAGUACCAGCAUCCCACUACAACUACACCACAUUUGAAAGCGCCAACGCCGUCAAAGGACAGGAAAAGUCUGCUGGGGAACUCUCAACCAGCGAAAUCACCCCGCUCCAAGUCGCCCUAUCUGCUGCCCACGACUAUCGAGCCAUUAGUCGACCGUAACCUACAGGUAUUUCCGAAACCAUACACGGGUCCAGAGAAGACUUUGUUGCGCAUCGAUGCUUUCCUCGGCGAAUGGCUGUCGCCAGACUACUUUGAAGACAUUACAUCACCUCCAAACUCGACCAUGAUGGUGGCAGGAGCGAAGGCAGACUUGCUGCGAAGAGGCGACUAUAUACAGGAGCAGCCAAACACGCACAGUAGCAAGGGCCAUUUCCCGGGCGGUUGGGUAAAAGGUGGAACAACCACCAAAAAUCGCCAGAGCACUGAGAAUGCGAACCUUCCGGCUAUGAGCAGCCUGGCCCAGCCCCCGCCAUUCAGGGAACGUUCAAGCAGCUAUGCCAGCGGCAUCACCUUACAGAAGACGAAAUCGAGGGAGGCGGCAACACCGCUUGUUGUACCAUCACCACAUAAAUCAAGUCGCAUCUACGAAGCACCCGUUCCUUCAUACUUGGUCUCUCCUGCGGAUCCGAUACCACGUGGGUACUUCUCUCAUGCACGAGAGGCCUGCGUUGAAGUCGAUUUCCAAUGGGAUAGUAUGCGCGCACCGCAAGACUGGGGCGAUGGUGGGGAAUAUGGCGAUGAGUGGAGCACGAUGCAUAAGCGCUUCCGCAGAGGAUUAGCCGGUAUGAUGCAAUGGUACAGAGAACAUGGUGCAACACCUCCAAAGGAUCGGUUCCCUGGAUUCAUGUUCAAAGUCUUGUCGAACAAGUCCCCGCCACCUAUCUCGCACUCGUCCUCGGACCCUUUUCCGACAUUGAAAGAUGAAAUAGAUGGCGACGACGAUGAGGAGCUUGUGCUGGUAUUGAUUACACACGGUGCUGGCUGCAACGCUUUACUUGGUGCCAUCGCGAACCAGCCUGUGCUCAUAGAUGUGGGCCUCGCCUCGUUGUCUAUGGCUGUCCGCAGAGCUGAACCUCGAAAGCCAUCCGUGUCUACCAUCCACGAACGGCGUCUCUCCGUUGCUGACCCUGGAAUGACAGAUACAUACGAGAUGAAGCUUCUCGCUUCGACUGAUCACUUGCGGCCUGGAGUUGACCCCUCAAAACCACCACAAGCACAAGUUGGCUCUCCGGCUGUGGUAGCAAGUCCGUCAAUCGACUCCCGGCGGCGAUUCAAUGGAACUCCGACAACCAACAGCCCUAUGGACUCACCCUUUGCUCUCGGGGAGCCUCACAGGAGUUGGAAUAGUUCGCUGGGUAGUGUACGAAGGACCAUGAGUUCUGGAUCCAACUCAAGCUACAUGCAUGGGCACCACAGAACCAGUGGUGCCGCAUCACCAUCGACGGGUCUUUGGUCUGGAUCUCGGACUCCAAUUGCAGACGCAUAUAACGACGGUCGCUCAAGUCCAGGUGGGGACAUGGUGCUCAACUUCUCGAAUCAAGCACCCAAACCAAAGCCUACCGCUGCCGCUGCCGCUGCCACCACUACGGCCAUCCCAGCUUUAGAUGGCACACCCGAAGUGACAAACAGACUGAGUAAACUGGACUCCAAAGAGGAGAAAGAGAGGCAUGACAACAUCACUCCACUGGUCAAAGCUCAGGGCGGAACAAGCAGUACCACCACGUCCAGUCUCUGGGGUGCGAAGGUGCAACCGAAGAGCGAGAAUAAGCUAUGGGGGCCGCCGAAGCUACAAGGUGUACAUGAGCAUGGACGAGGACCGAAGAGGAGGUGGACAGUCACGGAGAGGGAGGAGUCGCUUUGAUUUUUGAAGCCACACUGGAGGCCCUGGAAGCUUUCUACAGGAGGCUGUCCUUGCAUGGCGUUUUGGUCUGGGAUACUCUACUCUCUACUAAUGUUGAUGACUUAACGUAUAAGUGAUGAGCGAUGGGGUUCAGAUAGCUGGCUCCUUCAUUCGCAGGCGUCAGAUGUUUAGCGCUGCAUGGGUUAUGAGCAUUUCAUGAACAUGCAUAUGGUGAUAUAUAUCACUCUUCAGAAUCGUUAGCAAUAAACUCAUUGGGCAU